AUGAAAUGUCUUAUCCCGGGUCCAAACGUAAAAGUUCUAGGGAGAACUAUCCACGCUCUAGCAAGAUUUGGAGAUGAAUUAUAUUUAGAAUCUUCGCCGGAAGCAAUCCUUUUAAGGACUCUUAACGCGUCAGAAUCUGCUUAUGCGAUGGUGAAAUUUAAUAAAGUUUUCUUCUCUUAUUUUAACUACAAUUACUUUUCUGCAAAGGACCAAGAGGGUUUAAAAUGUAAAAUAUCCAUGAAAAGUGCUCUACAUGCCUUUAAGUCACCAACUCAUAUGGAUAAACAAGUAGAAAAUUUAGAAAUUAGGCUGGACGCAGAGUCUUGCAAAUUAAUAUUUAUAAUAAAAUGCAAACAUGGUAUUGUAAAGACUCAUUUUGUUUCAAUAUUGGAUUGUAAAGCAAUGCAAGCUGUUUACACUAAGGAUUUAGUACAUAACAGGAUUACAUCGUCACAAAAAAUAUUGUCCGAAGCUUUAGGAAACUUUCAAUCUUCAGAUGACCAAGUAAACAUAGAAGUCAAUACAGAGUCACUUAUAUUACGCAACUAUGUGGACAGCAGUAUGGAUUUGUCAAAGGUCAUUCGGACACAAAUUAGUAUAAAAAGUGCAGAGUUUGACACCUACGUAAUAGGAAGGGAAACAGUUAUAACAUUUACAAUAAAAGAAUUUAGAGCAUUAUUAGCCUUUGCUGAAGCACUGAACUUACCUCUUCAGUUACAUUUUGAAGUAACGGGCAAGCCAGUUGUGUUUAUAGUUCACAAUAAUACUACAUUUGAAGCCCACUUUGUACUAGCCACAACAAAAUCAGAUACCCCAACUCAAACAUCAGCAUCACAGAAUAGUACUAUUACUGACCGCAAGAGAAAAGAAAUGGGCUUCAAUUCAAACUCUGUGAGAAAGAAACCAAAUUUAGAUGUAGAUGUGUCCAAGUGCCUAGAUGAAGACUCCCAUCUCUUUGAUUAUAUAGAAAUGCCAAUAGAUAUUAUUAAUGCACAAAAUAAUGAUUGUAGUAAUAAAGAUAUCAGUCAAAGUAUUAUUCAGGAAAAUGUUGACUGUGAUAACAUACCACCAUCACCUACAUCCAAAAUGAAAAUAAAGACGAUAUUUAAAAGAUGUUUUGAAAGCACAUUCGAUCCCAGAAGUAUCAGAGGCUCAGUUUUAGCUGAGAAUUCAGAUAGCGAAUAA